AUGCUCAUCCAAAUUAGCCUUCGCUCGCCAAAUGGGCAGUCGCGGGCCCAAAUCGAUGAUGAUGCCACCUUGAGGGAGCUGGUUGAGCUCAUCAAAGCCAAGACCGAGAUUAGCAACUUCACCCUCAAAUAUGGCUACCCCUUGAAGCCUCUUGACAUCAGCCCAGAAUUGCGGGACACGAGCAUAAGAGACCUGAAGCUCAGGGGUGAGACAAUUGUUGUCGCCCCUGUCGACACCACACCACCAGCUCCAGUUUCACAGCCUGCGUCCGCCAAAGCCGAGCCGAAACCGUUCACGCCAAAGGGGAUAGAGCCGGAUGAGACAUCGCUAGAGUGGCCGGAAAGAGGCGGGCACAUCGUGCUCCGCGUUAUGCCAGAUGACAAUAGCUGCAUGUUCACAGCAUUCGGCGGCGCGAUCGGCCUAGAGAACCCCUCCAAGACCCUCAGAGGCCAGGUAGCCGACUACAUCAUCAGCCACCCUAACGAGUACCACGAGGCUAUCCUCGGCGAGAAGCCCGAACGUUACAUCUCUCGAAUGCGACAAAUGGACACGUGGGGCGGUGCUAUCGAACUCUCGAUCCUUUCCGACAUUUACAACCUCGAAAUCAGCUCGGUUGAUGUCAAGUCCCUCCGGGUGGACCGCUUCGGCGAAGGCAAAGCCAACCGGGUCAUCAUCAUGUACUCGGGCAUCCACUACGACAGGAUAGCAUUCUGUAUGGAUCUGAGCUACCCGGUCGAGGUGGACGUCACACGGUGGUCGACCGACGACGAUGAGGUCCUCGACAAGGCACGCCAGCUCGCGCAACGGCUGCAGAGCAUGCACUACUACACCGACACAACGGACUUCGUCAUCAAGUGUGGGCUGUGCUCGUGGAUCGGCCAGGGGACAAAGGACGCGGUCAAGCAUGAGAGAGAGACGGGGCAUAGUCAGUUCGGGGAGAUGCAGAUCACUGACUGA